GUCAGUUGAUCGCCUAUGCCUGCUGCGGAGAAAUUACGACGCCUUCAAUCGUUUUCCAGAGCACCACCACCCAAUGAUGACACAUCGAUAGUGAAUACAAACUUGACGCAAGAUAGCGUCCGUUUGCUACAGAAUAUCCUUGCUUACCAUGUUGCAAGCCAUCCCGGCAGCAGAGUCUUCGGGAACGAGCAGGGCAAAGGUCUGAAACUCGUCGAGGCAUCUGUAAGGAACCGAAACGGAGUCCUUAAUGGGGAUGAGAGUCUGGACGACUUGGAGGCCACGACAGUAUGUGAGUUGGUCGUGGACCAAAGUAUGCUAAAUGUGCAUGGAACUUUCGCCGGUGCUUGUGCAGCGCAUAUAAUCGACAUCGCAACAUUCUCGCCGCUAUUUGCGUUGGCAACUGUCACUGGCUCAGAUCCUUCCGGAUUCUCCAUAUCCAUGAAUCUAGUUUGGCAUGCGCCCGCCGUCCUUGGCUCGACCUUGAGAUUCGUCGGAACGUCUCUGUCCUGUAAAGCAAAGGUCGCUACUGCAAGAUGCGAGGUUUAUGACAAGGAGAAGGGCACCUUGAUCGUCUCUGCUACGCACGUUGUUGCACCCGUUAGGGGGUUAGCUGUGAGAGGAGCUCCCACACAAGCACACAAGUCCAGAGCGCGGCUUUGA